CCUUGAGCCGUCCCUCGUCUUCUUCCACUCCGGCUCCCUCUGGUCGACGGCAGGCGGGCGGGCGCCGAGCUGCUGAGGCCAUGCCACUGAAACAUUAUCUCCUUUUGCUGGUGGGCUGCCAAGUCUGGGCUGCGGGCUUGGCCUACUAUGGCUGCCCUAGUGAAUGUACCUGCUCCAGGGCCUCCCAGGUGGAGUGCAUCGGGGCACGCAUCGUGGCGGUGCCCACCCCGCUGCCCUGGAACGCCAUGAGCCUGCAGAUCCUGAACACGCACAUCACCGAGCUCAACGAGUCUCCGUUCCUCAACAUCUCAGCCCUGAUCGCCCUGAGGAUUGAGAAGAACGAGCUGUCCCACAUCAUGCCCGGGGCCUUCCGCAACCUGGGCUCGCUGCGCUACCUCAGCCUCGCCAACAACAAGCUUCAGGUCCUGCCUGUUGGCCUCUUCCAGGGCCUGGACAACCUCGAGUCCCUCCUUCUGUCCAGCAACCAGCUGGUGCAGAUCCAGCCGGCCCACUUCUCCCAGUUCAGCAACCUCAAGGAGCUGCAGCUGCAUGGCAACCACCUGGAGUACAUCCCUGAUGGGGUCUUUGACCACCUGGUGGGUCUCACCAAGCUCAACCUGGGCAAGAAUAGCCUCACCCACCUCUCACCCAGGGUCUUCCAGCGCCUGGGGAACCUCCAGGUCCUCCGGCUGUAUGAGAACAGGCUCUCGGACCUCCCCAUGGGCUGUUUUGAUGGGCUUGGCAACCUCCAGGAGCUGGCCCUGCAGCAGAACCAGAUUGGCAUGCUGCCCCCCGGCCUCUUCCACAACAACCGGAACCUCCAGAGGCUCUACCUGUCCAACAACCACAUCUCCCAGCUGCCCCCCGGCAUCUUCAUGCAGCUGCCCCAGCUCAACAGGCUCACGCUCUUCGGGAAUUCCCUGAAGGAGCUCUCCCCAGGCAUCUUUGGACCCAUGCACAACCUGCGAGAGCUUUGGCUUUACGACAACCACAUCACCUCCCUCCCGGACAAUGUCUUCAGCAGCCUUCGCCAGUUGCAGGUCCUGAUCCUCAGCCGCAACCAGAUCAGCUACAUCUCCCCCGAUGCCUUCAAUGGGCUGGUGGAGCUGCAGGAGCUGUCGCUCCACACCAACGCGCUGCAGGAGCUGGACGGGAACGUCUUCCGCAUGUUAACCAACCUGCAGAACAUCUCCCUGCAGAACAACCGCCUCAGACAGCUCCCGGGGAACAUCUUCGCCAAUGUCAAUGACCUCAUGACCAUCCAGCUGCAGAACAACCAGCUGGAGAACCUGCCCUUGGGCAUCUUUGAUCACCUGGGGAAGCUGUGCGAGCUGCGGCUCUAUGACAACCCCUGGAGGUGUGACUCAGACAUCCUUCCGCUCCACAAUUGGCUUCUGCUUAACAGGGCCCGGCUGGGGACGGACACCCUCCCGGUGUGUUUCAGCCCAGCCAGUGUCCGAGGCCAGUCCCUCAUCAUCAUCAGCAUCAGUGUCGCUAUCCCCAGUGUCCAGGGCCCAGUGACCCCCGAGGUGCCCAGCCACCCAGACACAUCGCAGUACCCGGACACAUCCAGCUACACUGACACCACCUCCGUCUCCUCCGCCACUGACUUCACCAGCACCGUGUCGGACUACACUGAUCUGACCACCAUCGGGGUCACGGAUUCCCAGAGCAUGACCCCAGCCCAGAGAGGGCUGGCCAUUGCCGCCAUUGUCAUUGGCAUCAUUGCCCUGGCCUGUUCCCUGGCUGCCUGCAUCUGCUGCUGCUGCUGCAAGAAGAGGAGCCAUGACGUUCUGAUGCAGAUGAAGGCACCCAAUGAGUGUUAGAGAGGCAGGCUGGAGGCAGGGCUGGGGAAUGGUGGGACCACCAGAGAAUCCAGGACUUCAUCACUCCAUCCCUCGACCCAUAGAGCCAUCCCUUGUUCUUCUCUCUGGUCCCCGAGCAAAAGACACCCCCACCUUUUCCUGACCUGCCUGGUUCUCCUUUAGAAGAGGUUCUUGCAGAAUCUCCUUACCAUUAGGAAGAUUGGACUGGCCUUGGCUAAAACCUUGCAGGGUUUCCAAUUCACACCCCUGGGCUUCCUCCAAGAAGGCCUCUCCUCCAAAGCCUCACCAGCUCUCCUCCAAGAACCACCUUCCCUGUACCCGCACCCCUGCCAGUCUCUAUAGACACAAUUAUGACACACCUGUCCAUUUUGUGGGAAUAGUUCUCCACCGGGACCACCCCUCUCCUAAGUAUGAUGUAAAUUGACCUCCCCUCUUUCUUCCUCUUGUUUGUGGCAUAGCUCUACCCUGUCCCAUCAAAUAAAAGGUCUCCUUUCAUUUCUUGCUCCUGAAGGCAAGGGGACGUCUCUCCUCAAAGAAGGCUUCAAACCAUUCAGCUGAUCUCUUAAGAACUGCCAAAUGCCCCGGCUUUCAGGAUGCUAUGAAAGAGAGAAGGGAAAAAAGAGGCUGCUCAGCUCCUGGAGGUAGUGCCAUCAUCAACAUCUCUCUUGCGUUUUUUUUUUUUUUUUUUUUUUUUUUUUUUUAAUCUGGAAAAGGAAGACAGGCACUGGUACAACAGGUUCAGCCUCUUAGAGAAUGAUAUUCCCAAACUGCAGCAGAUUUGAUUUGUAAAUUUUAGCCCUUUAAGGAAUAAAGUUGUGUAGAAAUUCUGACUCCCUAAAAACAUUAAAAUCAGUCUACUGGUACUGGGUGGGGAAAGCAAGGGGGAUCCUUGUGUUCACUCCCAGAGUUUUUCUCUUUUAACUUUGGUUGGUUUUUUUGUUUUUUUGUUUUGUUUUGUUUUGUUUUGUUUUUGAUUUUUUUCCAUUAUAGCUGGUUUACAGUGUUCUGUCAAUUUUCUAGUGUACAGCAGGGUGACCCAGUCACACAUACACAUGUACAUUCCUUUUAACUUUGUAUGGCAGAAAAGUGGGAGCACGAUAGUAUAUGGUUUGAUGGAUUUGCGCAAACUGUACACAGCCAUGUAAUCGGCACCCUGUUUAAGAAACAAGACAUCGCCAGGAUCCUCCAUCCCAACCUUUUACUGGAGAAGAUUGGAGUUUGUGGAGGUGGCAUGGACUUACGUGGGAACUGGCUCCCCAUGAAUCAGGAUGGGACCCUCCCUGCCCUUCCUACCCUGACACCCCAGCCAGCCUUUGAAAAGGCCCAGCUGCCAAGGCUGGAGGAGGAGACAUGCAUACAUUCUGGCCUGGACAGGGGGUUGAAUUGAAUACCAGACCUUUAGGUCCUCAGACUUGCCAGGUCAGAAGCAUCUCAACUAGAGAAGUCCAUGCAACCACACACCAGAGCCUUGCAACAAGCUGUCUGUUGCUCACUGGAGAGUCAUCUGCCUGGGCCUUUUAUGGGCAUGAUGUGUCUAUAUCUGUUUUUGAUUUUCACUCUCCAUUUGGGGGAAGUGAAAUAGCUCAGAGAUGAGAUCGUUUAAUUGGACAGCCAAGUGUAAGGGAACCCAGCAAACCCUCUAAUGUCAUGGUAAAACAUCACAAUCAGCUAGAAACUGAACGUCAGCAUUCUCAGAUGCAGCGGGCAGCAUCAGGGUAUGUAGAGAGUUCACCCUGGAUCAAGGCCCUCUCCGCAGCUCCUCCCUGGCUGUGGUCCAGGUCCACGUGUUGAGUUCUUUGGUCCAGAGUUGUAGUCACACGAACACCUGCCCUUGCUUCCCUUCCUGCUGCAUAUCUAUUUACCCUGGUAAAGAAAGUACACCAAUGACAAUGCAUGUCUUUAGACAACUGGUCUACCAGUUCAGAUGUAGAAGCAGUGAGAUGGGGAAUUUUAGGUGUCUGUGUCUGUCCAGGAAAGAGCUUCAGCCAACACAUAGGAAUUUGGAAAUCUCCUGUCAAUCCUGACUGGCCCUUACUAGUUCCCUCUGGCCCAGGAAACAAAUAACAAAUCCCCGGGGCCUUAACACCCGUGAUGCUGAUGGUCCUGCACAAAGAGUCCAAAACGGUUGUGUGUAAGAACUUGUGCAUUUUAUAGUUUUUACUCUCUGUCCCAAGGAAUCUGGGAGAGAAGGGGCCUGUUAGGGGUGAAAGGCAUCAUCUCCCCAAGGGAAAUCUGGGUCUGUCUCCAAAACGUUUUCAAAAUAUUUAUAGCAACUGGCGGACGUGUACCAAGGCUUGCCAGGAUCCAAAAGGAAGUGAGCCCAGAGCUUCAUGGGUAUCAUUCCACAGGGGGUGUCCUGUCUCCUUAAUCCAGAGGCCCAAAGGUGAGCCUGGCCCGCUCUCCUCCAGUCAGGAAGCAUGGUUUGGCCCUGCAUUCCUCCAAGGUGCUGCUUGUGGGGAGGCUCCUGCAUCACAUUGUGUGAGGGGACAGGGGGGUCAAGGGUGGCAGAGAGAGGAGGAAGGAGUCCUCUUCAUCCUGUGUGCCCUGCCAAUCUGAACCCAGAACUCCUGGGUAUCGAUGGCCUUGGCCAGGACCUUGGAAAGGCUUCUUUUCUGGCCUAGGUACCAACAUGUGUCUCCAGCCAAAGGCUGGUUGGAGGGCAGCUGUCCUCAGAUGACUCACCCCAGGAGCAUCCUGGGUGGGGGUGGGGGAGCCUUUACCUCAUCUUCUGAGCUGGCCUGUUCCUUUCUCCCAUCAGAAUGGGCCAGAGAGAACUGCUGGGCUGCCUCUUCUUUGGCAGGGCUUUUGGUCUCUCUGAACCACAUUGUUUGGGCAGGAGCCAGAAAAGGUGGGUGGAGUUUCCUUGCCCAUAGGAUGAUGUGCUUGCCCAUUUCUUAUGGCUGGAGUUAGCUCUUUGGUCCCCCAGAAGUUGAGUUCAUUUUCCCCUUUUGCUCACUGGCUUCUAGCUCUCCUUGCUUCCACUGGGAGUGGACGGUCAGUGUUGGAGGAAAGAUAAUAAAAGCCAGUUUAGGGAGUUCCCUGGUGGCUCAGCAGGUUAAGGACCUGGCGUUGUCACUGCUAUGGCUCAGGUUUGAUCCCUAGCCCUGGAACUUCUCAUGCCAUGGGUGCAGCAAAAAAAAAAAGAAAGAAAGAAAGAACCACUGUUUUUAAAAAAUGCUUGUUGUGCAUAGGUGACCUUCAAAGCACUUAGCAGGCAUGUUCUUUUUAACGCUUACAACUCCUUUGUGCAUGAGUGGUACCCUUACCUAUCCCCUUGUGAGAGGGUUGAAAACCUCUUGUUCUUCUGCAAUGUUGUUCAAUAGGCUGUGGGUUUUCGUCUCUCUUCAAACUUUGUACAAGACCUUGUGGCCUGUCCUGGGCUUUCAUCAUUAAACCAAAGAUAAUGCGAGUUAUUUUCUGUUGCUCCCCAUAUCUGUAGCCAUUGGAACCUCACCUGGUACUGUGUGGAUCCAGAGCUUCCUAAACAUAGGAAACAAAUUAAACUCAUCCAUCCAUUAAAGAAAACCUAGCUUCUUUCCGGGGAACUGUUGGGUUAUAUAUAUCUUGUUCCUCCUCAUUAGAAAUGAAAGGCACCACACAGUGCUCAGACCUCUUCGGGGCAACAACACGAUUGUCACCAUCUUUCAGCUGUCAUUGUCGUGCAGCGCCAGGAAAUAUUUCCAAACUCAGGAAGCUUUUGGAGGACAAACAGCUAGAGAGAGCUAGAUAACGAAAGUUGCUAAACAGACGUGGGCAUUAGGCCAGGCUUUAGCUAUGAAUUACGCAGAACUGAACCGGGGUUGCUGGGGAGGCGGUGGUGGUCUUGGGGAGGAGGCUGUUGCUGUGGUUCAGAGAGGGUGGGUGGGGGGACUCCUCCAGGCUAACCUCCUCCCCUCCAAGGUUUGACCAGCACCUAAGGAGAGAUUGUUCUCACCAGCCGGUUGUUGCCUUCGUGCUGCUGUCAAAAAGUAGAUUUUGCCUCAUUUAGAGAAUCAUUGCAAAUGGUCCCAGGUGCUAGGCGACGCAUUUAGAGCUUUCUAGGCCCCCUGGGGUUUUAUAGAGUGUGAGCCCUGGUGGGCCAGGUCGGGGGUCCGUCUUUGCUGGAUGCUGCUUGUAACAGAUUUGGUGUACAGAAUCAACAAUAAAUGGUAUACACAGGACA